UUAUUUCUAAACGCUGAAACCGGAAGCGGUUUGACACGUCUGUGCGUGCGUGCAGCUUGACGUGCUGGCUGACAGCUGCUGCCUCCACACUGACUCUGGACCCGGACCGAGCCGAACUGUCGUUUCCUGUGAUGCCCCACGGCGGGCUGAGCUGCUCGGGGUCGCGAUGCCUUACGUGGACCGACAGAAUCGCUUCUGCGGCUUCCUGGACAUCGAGGAGAUCGAGAGCAGCGGCAGGUUCCUGCGCCGAUACUUCAUCCUGGACACUCAGCAGGGCAGCCUGCUGUGGUACAUGGACAACCCACAGAAUCUGCCUAAAGGUACCGAGAACGUGGGCUCUCUCAAGCUCACCUACAUCUCCAAGGUCAGCGAUGCCACCAAACUCAGACCAAAGGCGGAGUUCUGCUUCGUUAUAAACGCAGGAAUGAGGAAGUUCUACCUGCAGGCCAACGACCAGCAGGACCUGGUGGAAUGGAUCAGCGUCCUCAACAACGCCACCAAGAUUACUGUGCCAAAGCCCGGCGAAGGCCACGCCGCCCAUGCAGAGACUCCACAGGAAGCACUCGGAGCCACGAAACAAGUCUCCUACAAGACCGAGAUCAUUGGAGGAGUCCCCAUCAUCACCGCUACACAGGAGCAGGGGGAGGGGCAGAACGGGGCGGAGCGUGGAGGUCUGAAGCGGGGUCAGAACCAGCUGCCCUACUUCCUGUCCAGAGGAGCGCAGGACCAGGCCGUCAUCAAAGCUGGAUACUGUGUCAAACAGGGAGCUGUGAUGAAGAACUGGAAGAGGAGGUACUUCAUCCUGGAUGAAAACGCUGUCAGCUACUUCAAAUCUGACCUGGAGAGGGAGGCGCUGAAAGUCAUCCCGCUGAAGGAGGUUCACAAAGUUCAGGAGUGCAAACAGAGUGAGCUGAUGAUGAGGGACAACCUGUUCGAAAUGGUCACCAGCUCCAGAACCUUCUACAUCCAGGCUGACAGUCCAGAGGACAUGCACAGCUGGAUUAAGGCCAUCUCCGGGGCGAUCGUGGCUCAGCGCGGCCCCGGACGCUCGGCUAACACUGAGCGCAGUGACCACUCCCCAACAUCCUCCUCCACCUUCUACUACCCCUUUGAUGAGGAACACCCACAAUCCUCCUCCGGUACCGCCUCAGCGGGCCCUGAGCCUCACGCUGGACACCCACAACCAAGACAACUUCCUGGGCCUGCUCCCGUGGAGGCUGAGCGGCGUCCAGUCGGUGAUGAUGCCCCUCCCGUCGGCGCGCUCCCGCCUGUCGCUGCAGGAGACGGUGCAGUCUUCGAAGUAACCGAGGACGACGGCCACGAGUCGCCGUGGAAACGGCGCAGCAAAAUCGCCGAGCUGGGAUUGGUCGGCAGCGGUGGCGGGGAGGAGCUGAAUAGUCGCACCACUGAAAAUUCUGACAUUCAGAUGACCCUGAUUUGACGACGAACACGAUGAUGAUUGACAAUCUUUUACACACACACACACACACACACACACACACACACACACACACUUCUACAUGUGCUGAGAAAACUACCUGACAACUGAUAAUCCUUCUGCAAAACUUCCUGGGACCAUCUAUUGUAUGUGUGUGUGCACAUCGGACCUUCUUCUUCCUCCGCUGUUGUUUCUGUCACUUUCGUCUUCCCGGAUCUUCUUCACAAAGAAUCGAUGCUGACAAACAGAAACCACGCGAAGAAAAGAACAAACAUCUCAAGUUGUAACGUGAAGUUUUGUUUCAGUAGCACAAGAACCCAAAGCCCGCUCAGUGCACCGUGACGCUCGGGUUUCAUGACUCAUGUAAGAAAACCAAAGUUUGCAGUCGUGGUUUUUCUACAGAUGUCAGAAAAAAAACUGGAAGCGUCAGUCGUCUGACUCUGCGAGAGACUGACUAAUCCAGCUUCUCCGUUUAUUUUUUAAGACAAUCCUGCUUCGUGUUAGAAACUCUUUAAUCUUUUCGUCUCCUGAGACGUGUUUUAGCGCUUUAAAGCUCCAAAGUCCAGAUUCACUGAAGUUCAUUUAUUAUUAACCAGCACAAAUGUGCUGACAU